GGAAAUAAACAAACCCAGACAAGCUGAGAGGAGGGAAGGAGAACAGAGCUGCAGUGGUGAGUUUUAUUUACACCGUAAGAAGAUUUUAUCAUAUAAUAACUGUUACAGCUCAUCAGAACAUUACCACAUUGUAACAAAAUUAUACAUUAAGUCGGAUUUUUCAUGUAUAAGGUUAAUUUAAGCUGAUAAAAGGUUGAAGUAGCUGUCGAGGAAAAGUCAGACCAAUAUGUAAACAUGAGAGCCUGUCCUCUAAAAUACUCGAUUUAGAAAAAGACCCACUAACAACGAACUCUACUAGUAGUUAGUGUCUUUUUGAAGCAGUUUAGAUGUAAAUAGUUUGUUAGUAACUUAUAAUCUUGUCUUGAUCUCUGCCUAACACGGACGGUUAAAACCUGAACGGUUAAAAACGGUUGCAGAUCAACAGUGACUCAGCUUCAGGUACUCUUUUUAAAACUGAUUUUAAAUGUCUGUUUUUCGUCCAGGUGAUCAGGUGUUAGGGUUCAAGCGGCAGCAGCUGGGAGCACAGACAUCUCCACCAUGAUGACAGCUAAGAGACUGGACAACUUCGAGGUGGUGUGUGAGUGGGCUGGGUGCGGCUUUAGGGGACACACCAUGGAGGAGCUGAGUGACCACAUGUCUCUGCAUCUAAAGGACUACCUGGGAGACAAUGAUGCUUUAGAGGACCUGGGUAAGUGAGGACAAUGAACACAUUAAUGUAGAGGUGCAUAAUCAUUAGCAGAGGACAUGAGCUCAUGCUUCUUAGUCUGGUGUAAAGGUGCAUUAAAGGGAUAUUCUGGUGUAAAAUUAAUUUAGGGUCAAACACACCGCACCACAGAGUUAGGCACCCCCUCAAGAGAUGAAUGUUGCCGACCGCUUGUUUCUCUACUUAUACCAACUUUAGUAACGACCGCACAAUAGCAAUACACAGUGGUCUGAGGAGCCAUAAACAAACCUCAACCAAAACGCCACUCUAUAGCCACAAAUAAUGCUCAGAAUAGCACCUAACUUCAUCAACAGUACAUGUAGAGUCUCAGUCACAGCACUAACCACCAAACAUCUUUUUAACUUUGCCUAAUUUCCUUAACAAAGAGACUUACAUCGGGUGGUAAAGGCAAGGUGUCGGCUGGUCCAAACUGUCAUCCUGCCUUUGCUGAAAAGUAUAAUCUUCUGCGUUAACUCUGCACUCCCUGUUGAAGUCUGUCAUUACUGUAGAUUCUCAUUAUGACAUUGCCUCUCUUCUUCUCUUUGUGUAGAUGAGUACUCUUGUCUCUGGACUGGUUGUGAAUUCAUGUCAAUGGGUAGCCCCACAGAGCUGGAGGUCCAUGCUUAUUUACACAACUACCAUGGGAAACUUAAGUUCAUCGGGUCUCAGCUGCUGAAGUCUCGUCCUGACCUGCCCAGCUGUAACCAGUGUGUGCACAGCAUCAACCUGGUUCCUGAGGGAUCUGAGGGGUUUGUUUGCCAGUGGGAGAACUGUGAUGUAGGUGUUUUGACCUCAAGUCAUGUAAUGGUCAUCUAAUGUUUGUUUGCACUAUUACUGAGACUCUGUCUCCUUCCAGAGUACAUUUAAUAACCCUGAGUGGUUCUACCGACAUGUGGACAAUCAUGUUGAGAGUGCUGAGCCAGAGUCUCUCCCACAGCAGCAGCAGGCUCUCUUCUGCCACUGGACAGGUGUGACUGAAUGCGAUAGAGGUCAAGAGAUAUUCCAGACAGCUUCAGAACACACAUUAUAAUCUAGUUUCUGUUACAGGGUGUGAUGCUUACGUCAAAAUCAAAUAUCGUCUGAGAGAGCACAUGCGCAGCCAUACUCAGGAAAGACUUGUAGCCUGUCCAACAUGUGGCAGCAUGUUCUCCAGCAACACGAAGCUGUUCGACCACCUCCACAGGCAGGCCGAGCCAGUUGGUGAGAGGGGUGUCGAAUUUUUCUACACUGAUGUGCCAAACUUGAUGUAUAAAUGCUGAUUUUUUUGUGUAUCUUUUUUUAAACAGACUCACUGGUGUGUGAACACUGCGGCAAAGCUUUUUCCAAUGAAAGGCUUUUGAGGGAUCAUGUUCGCCAACACGGUAGUACUAAUUUUCUCCGACUAGUACUGACACUGUAUUAUUAUUUUUGCAUAAAUAUUAAUGUGUUUAUUCUUUAUUCACGGCAAAUAAGUCGAUAUAAAACCUGUUUUUGGAUUUUAGCACAUUAAUUUAUGAUAUUCAAAACUAAUCUGUAGUUAAAAAGGUGAAUGUCAUAUUUCUAACUUUCUUUUUCUUUCUCUCUCUCUCAUUUAGUGAAUCAGGUCAAAUGCCCUUUCUGUGACAUGACCUGCACCACUUUGGCAGCUCUGAAGAUCCACAUUCGGUUCCGGCAUUGUGACGAGCGGCCCUACCCGUGUGACUUCUGUGACAAAAGGUAGACAUUAGAGAAAUCAGCUGAUGGGAUGUCUGAACAAUCGUAGUUUGGCAAAAUAAAGAAAGGACAAGAAGUUGAUUUUCAAACUAUUUUACGCAACUCUCUAAAUAGUUUAUUUUCUCUACAUUUGGAGUAGAGAAAACUUUUUUUAAAUUUUUAACUUUUUUUUAAAAUUCAGAAUAGCCCUUUUAAUAUUUGCUACAUAUGAAACAACAGAGGCCAAAUUUAGGACUAUCAAAAAUAUUCCCUUCAUGGAUGAGACCUCUAAUCCUAAUCUGAAGUGCUGACAUUUUGUUGCACCUCUCUCCAUAUCUCUCUUAAGUUUCUCCCUUGAAUAUUUUAACUUCAUAUUUGUUUAUCUAAUCACUGCUAAAAAGACUGUCUCUCCCGCUGAAAACUUCUUCUUACAAGUCAAAGUGAAACCUCCCCCACAGAAUAAUGACGUGUAAACUGAAAACCCUCGCUUUGCUGGUGCAGAAACUUACAAGUUGACGAGAUCAUUUCCUCAGAAAUAUGACACAUGAAUCCAUCCGUCUCAAUCUGCGUUAUUGAGAUUGAUUUUUUUUACACCUACUCAGCCGCUGACUGCUGACUUUACUACUGACUGUAUAGCAAAAAAAAACAUCACAAUGCUUGUGUUACAGUAAUUUGAGCUCUAGUAUGGACUUGUUGAUUGGUUAUAGAAAAAGAUUGAAUUGAAUAGUGACUCAUCUCUGGAUAGGAUGGAGGACAACAAGAAGGACAAUUUCUGUAUCAUAAUUUUUAACACCUGUAACUAAUGUAGGAGGGGUAGGUUUUCGGGUCAGUUAACACUGGUUUCACAAGGAUGAGACAAAAUGUACAAGGAGGUAACCAACAGGGUUACUGCUUUAUCCACAGGGGUCACCAAAACCAACACAAACCCAAACUCCCUCACAGGAGCUGUAUUAGAACCUGGAUAAGAGACACAAAAUGUUUAAAUUUAUACUUUUAAAAUCUUAUUUAGUAGUUUUUGAGGACAGUAAGCUUGCACUCAUCUACACUACUGCAACAGCUUCAAUAAUUUUAUCAUCUUUCAUAUAGAUUCAAGAACCAGCGGGAUCUACAGAAGCACACAGAGGUUCACAACGAGGGUACAGUGUAUCACUGUACAGUAGAGGGCUGCGAUUACUCCUGUCACACAUUCCCAACCAUGAGCCACCACUACAAGAGAGUGCACGAGGUUUGUUGGUGCCAAGUAUCUUCUAUCAUGAAGCAUGUCACCAACAUUAUGAUCUCUGUUAUAUUCUUAUUUUUUUACAUCUAUUAUCCUACAAAAUAAUCUACCAACAGGUCGGAGGAAUGUCCAAAUAUAAGUGCCAUAUCUGCGAUAAGGUUUUCUCCUGGUGUUACACUCUCACACUUCACCUUCGCAAGAAACAUGAGCUGAAAUGGCCGUCCGGACACUCCCGCUUCAGGUGAGUCAGAGCCUUCACCGCCAGCACCAGAGUCUUUUAUUUUCCUUUGUGAACAUAUUUAAUUUGUGGAUGUUGUGUGUUUAAUUCACAGAUACAAGAAAGACGUGGAUGGCUUCCUAAAGGUCAACAUGGUGCGCUUUGAGACGGUAGAAGUCACAAAGGAGAUCAUGAAGAACAUGGCUAAAAAACCCCAGAGCCUCCGGAAAAGUCAAAGAACCAGCAGCAGGAACAAAAGGACUGAGGUCUUAGCGGAGAGGGGCCACAACUCUCCUGCAGGAUCUUCUUCGCCUUCCUCCAGCUCCUCCUCCUACUCCUCUGAGCUCUCUGGAGGUGAAGACAUUUCUCCCCAGCCCAGCCCUCAUGGCAGCGACUCUCCCGUUUACUGCGUCAUGAGCACCAUCCCUCACAUCGAGGAAGAACCUGGAGGGUUUUCUCAGGAGGACUGUGAUGGCGUAGGGACAUCUGGGGCAGUGCAGGCCCUGACGGAGGUGGCAAGGGGACUGGGCAUGGACGUGGUGUGAGGUUGCACAACACUACUGCUGUGCUUUUUAUACAACUGGACAAAUUUGGUGUGAAGCUUCAUGGGAGAGGCUGCUGCUUCUUUUUGGUCUCUGCUCUUAUAAUAGUGUUACUUGGUCAUAAUUCCUGGUUCUGGUUUUAGAGAGAUCCCAUUUUAACCCUAGCUUUUAUUGCAGCUCAGUUUAGUGUUCCAACAGCUCGAUGAUUCCCACAUAUGUAAAUGUUAAAAGCACUGCAAAGCUGGUUUGAUAAUGUUGCUCUUACUAAACACAACAUGUGAUUUUUCUAAUGUUUCCUAAUGAAGAGUUCCAGAGAUCUCUUUUAUUUUUUGAUGUAGCCUGAAAAUGUUGUUGUAUUUUAUUGAUACAAACUUUAAAUACACUUUUGAUACAAAAGCCUU